AUGAGUCACUCACACGGACCGCAGCAAACAAUUCGAAUCGCCGAUGCUAAAACGGCACCUCCUUUCUACAAAGCGACUGCCGACUUUUUACGAGACACAAAGAAAUCCGGCUUGAAAUUGCGGCAGGGCGUCUUUAACGGAAAGCGUGUCGAAUAUUUCAAAGGCAAAGGCGGCCUCAACGCAUUGUUAAAGGAGGAAUUCGCCAAAGUGAUCCCAAAAGAUCGUGAAGCAGUGGCAACUCGUGAAGACGCGCUCAAGGUGAUGAAUGAUAUGGGCAAAUAUGGCUUCAUUUUACGAGUGAACCGUGGCGAUCCUAUUGGUGGUAAAGGCUCUGCACGUGUACUGCAGCCCAACCCACAACAAGAACUCAAAGACGAUGGGUAUUACAUGUGGAUCUGGGAAGGCUCGCAACUGAAAUUAUACUUGGGCGCUGUGGCUUUAGUAGCGGUUGUAUUAGCAGCCGUGCUGUUCCCACUUUGGCCAGAAACAUUGCGAUUGGGUGUAUGGUACCUCAGUGUCGGUAUCCUUGGUCUUCUAGGCGUAUUCUUUGGCAUUGCAAUUAUCCGACUGAUUCUGUACAUCAUCACCAUCAUUGUCCUUCCCCGCGGUAUCUGGAUUUUCCCCAACUUGUUCGAAGAUGUCGGCAUUGUCGACAGCUUUAUUCCGUUCUGGGGCUGGGAUGAACCAAAAGACAAGAAUGCUGCUGCUCCUCCCACCUCCUCGUCAACAUCGUCUGCACCAUCGGCUACCAGCGAAAAGGAACCAGCAGCACCAGCACCGGCACCAGAGGCUGCAGCAGCAACAGCAUCAUCCGAGAGUGCCGCCGCCAACUCUGAUUGA